CGGACUCUCCGGUCGAGGGCGUCAGAGGAAAAAGAAGUGGCGGUCGCGAAUCCACAAUGGCGGUGCCGUUCGAUCUCAGUGUGUCGUUAGACUUUAUGCAGCGCGCAUUAGCGCGUCACAGAGAUUAGUGCACGUGCGAAGCGGUUUCGCCGAUCGUGAGAUGCCGUGAAAAUUGGCAGCGAUGCGCGGCUCAAUGUGCUCCAAGCGAUUCCUGCUCUAUUUUCUCUACGGCGCCUUCACCAUUUCGAUCCUAUUCGACGCCAAGAUGGCCAUCGAGGGCCUGCCACUGCACGGACAGGAGCCCGAUAGCGAUCAGGACAUCCUCGCAGGAGCCGACUUCCUGUCGCUGUUCCUGCAAACGUCCCUCCGCCGAGCGUACGCCGAAACGACGCCCACGCCGCCCCCGACCACCACCAUCCUCCUCGAAAUGGAAGACGACCCGUACACCACCCGAAGGAGCAAACGAAACUCCCAAUCCCCGUUCGCGAGUUCCCCUUUCCCCCGAAGCACCGAACAAUUCAGCGACUCCACCACCGACAAAGACGGAGUCGUCGUCGCCGUGCGGGUCUCCUCCUCCUUAGGCAGGUCAGCGAGCGAUCCGUACGGCGACAGUACCACCUUGCAACCCGCCCCGACGUACUUCUCCUCCGAACACCACCCCAGCCUGGUGGCGAAGGCCAGCAAAAGUGAACUGAGUGUCGAGGAAAGUGAGCCCAUAACGAAAGACAGCGACGCGGCGUCGGACUUCAGCAGGAACUACCCGGCUCGCGUGCGCGUACUACCUCCGUUCGUGCACCAGGAGAACAAACCCUACCAGCACCCGACCGUCAUAUUCCACGACGAUCCCGCGGAUACCAACAGCGCGAGGUCUGUUUCCUACAGCUCGAUCAUCCAAACGAUCCCUCAGCUGCCCAUCGAAACGGAGCGAUCGGAGCCCCACGAGCGGCACGAGAGGAACUACAACGACGCCAAAUCGCCCUACGUGAACGCCUUCGACAAAGAGGCGAAGCUGAAGCAGAUCGACGGCAGUACCAAGCAGACGAAGAUCGAUUCCGCUGCGAAGACGACGCCGAAAACGUGGCAUAGCCCGAGGGUGUUCGCUCCCACCACGCCUCUGCCGGUGGUCCUGCCGAAGGUCUACGGGCAGCCGGAGCAGAACUACGAGGUGGACGAGGCCUUGAGCGUGGUGACCAACGGCAGGGCGCACGGGGUGCAGCCGACGAAGCCCGAGAAGAAGCCCGACGAUAACCAGAAAUUCGGAUACGUGGUGGAAGGGAAGAAUUACAGGAAGUACCGGGUGGAGGAGAGAACGGCCGAUGGGUUCAUCGUGGGAGAGUACGGAGUGGUCAGCCACGAUGACGGUUCGUUGCGCGGUGUCAGGUACACCGCUGACGGUACUAUUAAUCCCAGAUUGAUUUCCGAGGCUUUGAUGAAGUUUUUGUCCCUGUGAUUUUUUUUGUGCUCUUAUUGCUCGUGCACUGGUUUAUUCAAAUAAAACGACUAAAAGUGAAUGUUGUAGGUCGUACUAAUAGUACCGCACAUAUGCGAAUUUGAAUAAAAGUGUAUGCAAGUAAUAGCGCUAAACAUAUGGGCUGUACUGAAAUUAUUCUAGUUCCUUUUUUUAAUUCGAGAAAAGUUUUCUGUCAACGACAGUAUCUGUUUAGUCUAAUCUUGCCUUGUUUACAGGAAACUUGCCGUCACGCUCUGUAUAAUUUGAUUUUUCCGUUUUAAAUUAUUUCAGAGCGCCGGACAAUUCGAUUGCGUGGUGCUCGUAUCAAAAUAAAUCCCUAUAUCAUUCGAAUGGUUUGCUCACGAUGUCGAUUAUUGUAAUAGUUAAUUAAAUUUGUAUGUACAUC